AUGGUGAUGUGUGGUAAACAAGCGAUACUACUUGUAGUGGCCUUUCAUGGGGUUACAGAUGCAUUCGUGCAAUCCAGUAGUAGGCAGAGGAUAGUUGGUCAAAUCAAGCCUCUUUUCUCUAUGGAAAUUAUUUCAACUCCAGAAGAAGCUGAUACUGAUGAUGAUGAGGAAGGCCUGACGACAGUGGAAAACCCAACCCCCGGCUUUGACACUGAUACAGCUCUAUUUUGUGCAGGUUUGGCCUUUGAUGCUUAUGUUGAGCCUCCUGCUGAUUCUUCAAGAUGGGAACGCGGUUCAAAGGGAAUGAACGUCGCCUUCAGUUCAUCGGCCUUCACAAAGAACUUGUAUCAAGGAAUGGUGGAAGUGACUCCAGUCAAAUGUUCCGGAUUGCCAGACGAAGACGACAAUGUCGAGGCGGCACUUUCGGGGCGUGGAGUGGAUGCCAAAAUCAUGGUUGCGGCAGUCGAGGGGAAAUGGAAGGAAGAUGUGGAGUUGCUCAAGAAAGAGUAUCACGAGGGAAUAUCCGACUUGACGGGGGCCGCUCAUAUUGGUCAGAGCAGUACGGCAUGGUCCAAUGUCAAUGAACGAAAAUCAAAUAACGCCAAGAAGGAAUCCGGAAAGGCUCUGCCGUAUCACAUUCCAAAGAGCUGGGGGAAAGAUGCACAGGCUGUCUGGCCUGACCCAGAACCGUUUUAUGUCUACGUGCAAGAUCCUGCGAAUUGUCUAUUGCUGUUCACCUUGUUUGAUGACGACGUGAUUGGCGAAGGGUCUGCCCUUGGAUCCACCUACAUUGCUCUCAAAGAGGUCCUCCCACAAGUCAAAAUGACCAAAGAAGAAGUUGUCAACAAACUCAAGACCAGUGUUUUGAAACGGAUACAAAGCGGGGAGAUUUCGGCGGAUCAAAUUGACGAGGAGAUCAGUCGGGCCGUCAAUCGCGAUAUCGAACCAUGGCAAGGUGAAUUGAAGUUGACCUCCAAGCCAAGGAUAAAGAACAAGAAUGGUCAAAUCACCAUGGGAGCUGCAGCAGGCGGCAUGGUGGCUGGACCAGUGGGAGCAGCUGUCGGAGCUGCCUUGGGAAGCUUGUACGAAGGUCAAGUGAAGGGUCGUAUUGAAGCAAAACUGCGAUAUUUGCCAAUUCCUCAAGGGUCCAUGGCACGAAACACAUAUGAAGUCCUCGGAGGUAUGCCUGGAAUCAACUGGGGAGAACUAUACGAGAAGCAUCUGGCGCGACGAAUUGGAGAAGAUAAAGCACAAAAUGCCCUGCAUGCUGGAAAGGAUUUGGAGUUAUGCUUCUUUAUCAACCACGACGAGACUGGAGGGUGCUGCAGUGUCUAUAGAUCGCUGGAGAAAAACCUCAUUGUUGUCAGCUUCCGAGGGACUUGUGAAAUAGUCGAUCUGAUAACUGACACAUCCAUUGCACAGAAUCCAUGGGUGCAGGGCGAGGACCCAGAAGAUGAGACCACAUCCAAGGUCCAUGUCGGAUUCCGCAAGUCCAUGAACUCCAUUUCAAGGCGUCUGAAGGAAUUGGUAUUGGCGACAGUACCCAGGGGUGAAAAUAUGGCUGACUAUGACAUGCUGGUGACGGGUCAUUCCUUGGGUGGUGCUCUUGCUACUCUGUUUACCGCAGACAUUGGAGAGUUUGGAAUAGAUGCCGGACGGGCAUUACCACAGACCGAGGCAUCGGACGAUUGGUGGAAAGCAAUUACUAGUCGCUUUGGUGACAAGGGUGAAGAAAUCGUUGCUCCGCCAAAGUCACCACCUCGCCCCAAGUCGUUGCGAUGCUACACUUUUGGAAGUCCACGAGUCGGGAACAGGGCCUUUACCAAGCGCUUUGAUGAAAUCAUGAAGCAAGGAAAUAUUGACGAGGCCUAUCGCAUUGUAAACAAUAAGGAUAUUGUGGCCCGGGUGCCCAGGAGUAUGGUGACCCUGAACGUCGAUUAUGAUCAUUGUGGCAAGACAGUGUUGGUCGAGCAACCAACUGAAGAGAAUGAGCUAAGCAGAACCCUUUGGGUCGAGGGAGAGACAGACGACACUUUAUGUGAAGUACGAGAUUCUGAAAAUAGAAUGUCCAAUCCUACUUCGGAAGGGGGUUUGAUAUACGAUCUAAUGUCUCUGACGAAGGGUGACGAAGAUUCGUCAGUGGAAGCCGAACAAUCACUGAACAAGAUCGGAAGUCUAGCGGCCAAAUUGCAGGAGCGUCUUUCCAAGGUGACAGUUUCGGACGUUGCGAGUGUUAUUGGUAUUGAUAAGAAUUUUUCCGAGCGAGAAGUCAAAAUUGUGCAAUCCCUAGUCGAGGGUGAUGGUUUGGCAAAUCACAUGGAAGACUCCUAUUAUGCCGCCAUGGGCCGAGCUGUCGGAUUUCGGGCAAGCGUCGAUGAAGAAAUUGUUGAAACUGAGAAACUAGCUUAG